ACAUUGUUACCUUCCCCUAGACCAGCCAUCCUCCACCAUGUGUCACACCAGCUGCUCUUCAGGGUGCCAGCCCUCCUGCUGUGUGUCCAGCCCCUGCCAGCCAUCCUGUUAUGUGUCCAGCCCCUGCCAGUCAUCCUGCUGCAGGCCUGCUAUAUGCAUUCCUGUGAGAUACCAGGUAGCCUGCUGUGUGCCUGUGAGCUGCAGGCCCACUGUGUGCAUGGCUCCCUCCUGCCAGUCUGUGUGUGUGCCCGUGAGCUGCCGGCCAGUCUGUGUGACCUCCUCCUGCCAGUCCUCCGGAUGCUGCCAGCCCUCCUGCCCCACCCUCGUCUGCAGGCCUGUUGCCUGUAGCAACCCCUCCUGCUGCUGACCAGUGUCUCCAAACUAGCUGCUGCCAG